AUGCGAACCACCAUUUUCUUUGAUGGUGUUUACAGAUGCGUCCGCACUAGUUUGGCUCCUGGUGUGAGCCAUACCUCUUCUCCCACAAUUCACGCUGUGGCUGGUGGUACAGUUGAGGGACAUUCGCAAGAUCUGUUUAAUACCAUUCGUAAACGACAGGGAAUUAGAACCAGCGACUACCUAAGCGCAUUUGACUUGAAUUCUGCUGCUAUUGCUAUCAAGUCUCCUGGUAGAUCUGGUUCCGAUUUGUUCUACACUGAAGAUGGUAAGUACAUCAUUAAGACAAUUCCCAGUUCUGAACACAAGGUGCUGAUUGACUUGUUACCCUCAUAUGUUAAGCACCUUGAGCGACAUAAGAAUAGUCUUUUGCCAGUAUUCCUUGGUCACUAUACCCACGAAAAUAAUGGCAAGCGAACUCAUUUCGUUGUGAUGAAGAAUUUGUUCUCAGGACACAGUCAGGUUGAUAGAGUCUAUGAUCUCAAGGGGUCUACGUACAAUCGAGCCGUUGACGAAAACACAGACAAUGUUGGUCGGUUCGUGUACAAAGACAUUGAGUGGAUGAAACACAAGGAGGCUAUUCACAUGAAUGAUGAAGAAAGAACAAAGGUCGUGAUCCAGAUGAUGAAUGAUGUUGCAUUCCUGAAGAGAAAUAACAUCUUCGACUACUCCAUGCUGGUUGGUAAGUACGAUAAGAGUAGAAAGAGUGUAAUGGGAAUCAUUGACAUUUUGAGACCCUAUAACAAACCACAAGCUCUGAAGAGAACAGCACUGGGAUUGCUCCAUGAUCCCACCACUCUUAGUUGUAUGAGACCUGACGACUAUGCAGCAAGGUUCUUCAAUUUCAUGGAAUCCACAGUGGUGCCCACGGUUAGCACAGGCAGAGUCAGCAGACACCACCAACAUUGA